AUGAACUACCGUGUCCCCUCAUUAAAGGCCACGGCGUUGGCCAUGGCCGCCCUAACCCAGGCGCUGACCACCUGGGACGCGGCGUACGAAAAAGCACUCGCAGACCUGGCCAGCCUCACCCAAAGCGAAAAAGUCGGAGUCGUCUCCGGCAUCACCUGGGAAGGCGGUCCCUGCGUGGGCAACACGUACGCCCCCGAAUCAAUCGCCUACCCGUCGCUAUGUCUCCAAGACGGCCCGUUAGGCAUUCGUUUCGCAAACCCCGUCACUGCCUUCCCCGCUGGGAUCAAUGCAGGCGCGACUUGGGACAGGGAGCUGCUGCGGGCGAGAGGCGCCGCCAUGGGGGAGGAAGCCAAGGGACUUGGGGUGCAUGUGCAGCUGGCUCCUGUCGCCGGAGCGCUGGGCAAGAUACCCAGUGCUGGACGGAACUGGGAGGGCUUCACGUCGGAUCCGUACCUGAGCGGCAUAGCUAUGGCGGAGACGAUCCAUGGUAUGCAGGGAUCAGGCGUGCAAGCGUGUGCCAAGCAUUACAUCCUCAACGAACAAGAACACAGCCGCGAGACGAUAAGCUCGAACGUGGAUGAUCGCACCAUGCACGAAGUCUAUCUCUGGCCGUUCUACGACGCUGUCAAGGCCAACGUCGCCUCCGUGAUGUGCUCCUACAACAAGAUCAACGGCACCUGGGCGUGCGAGAACGAGGGCAUUCUGGAUACUCUGCUGAAGCAGGAACUGGGGUUCCGUGGAUAUGUCAUGAGUGACUGGAACGCGCAGCAUAGCACCGUCGCCAGUGCGAAUACCGGCUUGGACAUGACUAUGCCCGGCAGUGACUUCAGUCAGCCACCCGGCAGUAUCUACUGGAAUGAAAACCUCGCAGAGGCCGUCGCCAAUGGCUCCGUUCCUCAGGCCCGUGUCGACGACAUGGUCACCCGCAUUCUCGCUGCGUGGUACCUCCUCGAGCAAGACCAAGGUUAUCCAGCGGUGGCCUUCGACUCGCGAAACGGUGGAAAGGCCAGCGUCGAUGUAACCGCUGACCAUGCAGACAUCGCCCGCACGGUAGCGAGAGAUUCCAUCGUUCUUCUCAAAAACUCCAACAACACGCUUCCAUUGCGGAAUCCAUCCAGCAUAGCGGUUGUUGGGUCCGAUGCGAUUGUCAACCCCGACGGUCCCAACGCCUGCACCGAUCGAGGAUGCAACGUCGGUACCCUGGCACAGGGAUGGGGUAGUGGCACGGCCGAGUUUCCGUAUCUGGUUGCGCCUCUGGAUGCUAUCCAAGAGAGGUCGUCCGGUAACGGGACAAAAGUGGUGACUAGCACGACGGACGAUGCUACCGCAGGCGCAGACGCUGCAGCAUCCGCGGACAUUGCCAUUGUUUUUAUCAGCUCCGAUUCCGGAGAAGGGUAUAUCACUGUUGAAGGCCACCAGGGUGACCGCAAUAACCUCGACCCGUGGCAUGGCGGUAAUGAUCUGGUGAAAGCCGUAGCGGCAGUCAACAAGAAGACCAUCGUCGUCGUCCACAGCACCGGUCCGGUGGUCCUCGAGACCAUACUGGCCCAACCGAACGUGGUUGCUGUCGUGUGGGCUGGCAUCCCGGGUCAAGAAAGCGGCAACGCCCUGGCAGAUGUGUUGUAUGGCGAUGUCUCGCCUAGCGGUAAACUCCCCUACACUAUUGGCAAGUCGGAAGCAGACUACGGGACUACCUGGGUAGCCAACGGGGCCGACGACGAUUUCCCCGAGGGCCUGUUCAUUGAUUACCGUCAUUUUGACAAGAAUGAGAUAGAACCGAGAUACGAGUUCGGGUUUGGACUUUCAUACACCCGGUUCAAUUUCAGCAAUCUAGCCAUCAACAUUGACGCCACCUCUGGCCCCACCUCCGGAGCCGUCGAUGUCGGAGGAGCUGCUGAUCUCUAUGACUCCGUCGGAACGAUCAGUGCAACUGUGACCAACGUUGGAGGCGUUUCUGGCGCUGAAGUAGCACAGCUGUACAUCGGAUUCCCAUCGUCAGCACCAGAAACGCCCCCCAAGCAACUGAGAGGAUUCCAGAAGCUCCCUCUUGCGGGCGGUGCAGAUGGCGUGGCCGAGUUUGAACUGACCCGACGAGACAUCAGCUAUUGGGACGUUGGUCAGCAGAAAUGGGUGGUUCCAGAGGGCUCGUUUCAAGUCUAUGUGGGGGCUUCAAGUCGGGACAUUCGGUUGGAUGGGUCUUUUACUGUUUGA